AUGGAAGGAUCGCCUUCACACACCACCAAAGCGAACCAUGCUGCUCUAUUCCAACCUCUCAGCAUCGGCAAACUUAAGCUAUCCAACCGCAUAGCCGUGUCUCCCAUCUGCACCUACGCCGCAAACGCACACCACGAAGCAACGCACAUCCACCGCGAGCACUACCGCCAUCUAGCGAGCCAACACCCCGGCUUGGUCAUGAUCGAAAGCACGUCAAUCGCACCCCUAGCGUACAUCACACCCACUGAUCUCGGGCUAAGCACCGAUGCCCAAGCUGAUGCGUUCAAGCUCGUGAUUGACGAAAUCCACGCGUGCGGAGUCAAGUGCUGUUUGCAAUUGAGUCACCCGGGCGCUAAAUCCAUGCCGGGUGGAGUAUUCCCAUUUGAUCCAGAUGCAAUGUCCGAUGCGAUGAUCACGGGGGUGGUUCGCGACUUUGUGAGUGCCGCGAAGCGAGGCGUCGAUGUAUGCCACGCGGAUUUCAUCGAGGUGGCGUGCUGCAAUGGCAAUUUGCUACAUCUGUUCUUGAGUCUCGUGACGAACCACAGAAGGGAUAAAUACGGGAUGGUCAACGGUACAAAAGAUGGGUCGUUGCUUUUGAUUGAGGUUAUACAGGCUAUCAAAAAGGAAGUUGCGGUGCCGAUAUUCGUCAAGUUGGCCGUGUGUGACAAUUUGAAACCGGACGAGUCGUUGGAACACACAGCUGGGCUAUGUCAACAACUCGCCAUGCUCGCAGACUUGAUCGAUGUGACAUCGGGUGGGCUCAACGCAGAUUCCAAAUCGCGAUAUCUUUUGAAUCACGAUCGCUCGAUUCCGGGCCAGGUGCCCCUUGCAAUCUACGUUAAGAAAUUAGUUGGCGACAAGUGCGCCGUGGGAUGUAGUGGCGGCCUAGACAGAGACAUCCAACAGUUGAACCAAUUCAUCAGUCGCGGCGACUUUGAUAUCGCGUUUAUUGGUAAAGGGUUCACGGAAACACACCAAAAAAACCUCAUGGACUCGAUUGCGGCAGCUUUGAGUUGA